AUGUGGAAUAAUGAGAACCAGCUUGAGAUUCCGGCCUACAGCCACAUCAACCCGGAGGGCAUUGAAGUCUGGGAACAACUUAAGUUUGGACCCGCAGUGCAGCUAGAACUCCCUGAGGGUUCGAGUGCCAGUGCCAACAGAGGGCCCGAAUGUGUCAUCCGGGUCCAAGUAGUACCUGGUGCGGUUACCCUUCUCAACGAGAGGACGCCCCAUGAUCGCUUGGAGGAAGUUACACACUCUGCCAAACGGAUGGUCAUGUAA